CUGUGGCAGCAAUUGAAAGCAAUGUCUACUGACAAAAAAACUUUUGAUAAAAUUUACACUUGAAAUUCGUACUUUUUACAUCACUGCAUCUACAUAUCAUAAUUCGUUCACAAGCAUACCCCAACGCACGUCUACCCUGAACAAUUUACUUUCUCUAAAAUUGCUAAUUGAACAUGUUUUUAACACAACCAUCUAAUCUCAUAGCCAAAACAAUGGGACAAAUUCCCCUUGUUAGACAAAGGGGAAUUGCAGACCAAGCCCAGUCUAUUGAAGUUAUUGAUUGUUCGGACGAUAAUGGAACAUGUUAUGAGGUGAAUUCAACGUUCGGAGAAUAUAUGGGAUCCGCCAUAAAUCCGUACCACAAUUUUGAACGUGAGGCAAUUUGGGCAAGAGAAAUGGUUUGCCCUGGUGCUGCGAAAUAUAAUACUCUAGUGACAGGACUAAACCGUGUGAACGAAGAAAGAUAUACUAAGGCUGAACACUGGGCUUUCAUAGCUUAUUCGAGAACGAGAGGGGACAAUGAUGUGAUUAAGGAGGCCUUUAUUAUCGCUCAUCUCAAUCUAUUUGAAUACAUCUCAACGCCCCAAGGAAACACCUUUUUUGGAAGAUGGUGGUUUCCAACAUGGAAAAAAAUGUUUAAACCACUUAACACCGAAGACAAAAGAGGAGCAGCCUUAAAAAUGCAAUCCUCUGAAUUGAAUCCCCAAGAUGUGUGGCUUAUCUAUCCAGACAUUCCUGCUGAUGGACAAAGAUUCGUCCUUAGAAAUGGGGAGUUGGAAAACAAACUGUUUGAUGAAAAUGAAUGGAAGGCGCUCUUACCGCCUGUUACGAAUAGAGAACUGAUUGACCGUAUCGUCAGAAGAUGCUCAGGUAAAAUUUACAAUAUUUUUAACUUCAACUGUCAACACUUUGCAAUAAAACUCCUAUCGGACGAGAACCAUUCCCUAAAUUCGGAACUAAAGUGGAAGACGAUUUUUCAGGUUCUGAAAAUCUUUUUAAGUGAUCAUUUUUAUUGUUUUUUAUCACUGUUAGUUAUGAUUCUCUCGUUUAUACUUGUAGUUAUCAUAAAAUAUGCUGAUAACGGUAGUAUGAAAAUAGACAUAUUUAAGUAAUAUAUUUUGUAUGGUUCAACUUCAAGAUACUUGUCACUGAGUUUGAUUUUUUGUUCUGAUUUAUUCUCAUCGUUUUUCAUAUCAAAGAAUUAAUGAAAAGAAACGAGUUCAACAGUAUUCAAUCCCAUAGCGGGUGUUUUAUAAAUUACUCCUAGUCCUAAAUAAAUAAGUUUAUCGUCUCCAUCAACACUUUCUAUGCAUGCUGCAAAAACAUUGUGAGAUAUGACCGAAUUUGAUGAUAAAUAUGAGUUUUUUUAAUCACUUUCGAUAGAAAUAUAAAAUGUUAACUUACUAUGUCAACAACUUUUGUUAACUUUUGUUCCUAUGUCUUGUCUAUGUGUUUCACUAAUCUGUACACUAUAUUAAUAUAGGGUGUCACACAAUUACUUACAUACGUCAUCGUUCUGAUAUAAUCGAUCAGCCCUAUCUAAAGUCUAAACUGAUACAAAGAAUCAAAACAAUAAUUGUGAACUGACCUAUAAAAUGAAUUUGGGCCACACUGUGCCAUAAAGAUACAGCUAUAAAUCGUAAACCCAUCUUUUGCUUUCUAAUGUGCAGAAUAUGUCGAUAAUAAUAAAGCUUGUUGUGAUACACACUUUAUUUUCUUACGAUAACAUUAACAAUUACUAUCUUAGCAUGCGAAUCGAUGGACUUCUCGAUGGACUUGGAGGAGGGUAUCGAAUUCAAAUUAUAAUGAUAGCUGGUGCAGUAGUAAUCACAGCGUUUCUUGUGCGAUUGGCAAGACAUUUGUUGAGGGAGAAUAAGAUCCCACUUUACAGAAUUGAUUCAGCACUCCUUAAGUUUAUGGAGCACUUGGGCGAUGGCUACAAUUUUACCCAUAUUGCAGUAUGGGCUACCGACCAGAUAAUAGUGCCGACUGCCUUCCUCGAUAGGAUUGCAGCAUUUCAGUCCUCAAAGGGAUACCCUACAAUUGAGCAUAAAGCUUUGAUAGCACGUGGGACUGUCAAAGUCAAUGAUAUUGCCUUCUUUAUUGCUCAGUUUAAUGACUAUGAUUUCAUCCCAGAUAAAGAUAAUGAUAUCGAUACAAAUAAUACUGUGGGACUGGGAGAAUUCAAACCAUUCGUAGCUCUAUUCACUGGUGACAAAAAGAUCGCAGCAUUGAGCAUUACAACAUCCCCCGAAUCUAAUGUAUGGGUCAGCCAAUUGGACUGCGAAGUAAUAGAUCUUAAAUGUGGAGUAAAUAAAUUUGUAUAUAAAAAUGAACUAUUGGUCAGUACCGAAUUCAAAGAAGAAGAAUGGAUUUUGAUGGAUAAAUCAAUGAAGCUCAGAGAGCUGAAUGCCUGCAUUUACAACACUUCGUGCUCUGGCAAAAAGUACGAUGUGAACAACAACAACUCUCGACACUUUGUAAGUGAAUUGUGGAACUCUCUCAAGACUUGCAAUGAAAGGACACAGCGAGAAUCUACAAAUGUUAUCCAAAAAGACGAUCUUGAUACGAUACAAUUUAUUUCAACUCACCAGGAUGACACCCUAUCCCUACGCAAAAAGCUUUACUACGCUUUAAAUCAAAGAGAACUCGAAAUGGAGGAAUAUCUCAAGAACGGGAAAGAUAUCUACGAUACGUAUUGUACGUCAACAGAAACACGCCCAAUCAUGCUACCUAAAGCUCCACAACACACGUAUAUUGACGUAUACCCAGAUGAAGGUGAGUCUGGUCCCAGUUUUAAAGAUGAUAAAAAACGUCAGUUAGACUAUGAGACCGAAGUUGUAGUUUAUAGAGCACUGGAGGAGCUACUAGAUGAAGAUAUAAACGUUCUACACAGUUUCGAAUAUACUCACCGUCAAUAUCGUUUGUGCGAUAAAAGUCAUGUUAGAAAAGGGUGUGUGGCUUGCCGAAAAACACCAAACAAUCGCGAGGGAGAGUGCGAUUUUUUGAUCAUAGGAAAGAACUAUUUUGUGAUCAUUGAAGUGAAGAAUAUGACAAGUUUUAGUGAAGCAAAACAGCAGAAUCCUGGAUUAGAUGAACAACAGCAUAAGUUAGGAUUGCAGGGAUCAUACAAGAAAUCAGAAAAACAGAGGGAAAGAAUGGUGAAAUUGAUCAGAAGCAUCGAGAACAGCACAAAUAUCUCCCACUUUACAGCUUAUCCUAACUUCACGAAGGGAUCCAGAGCAGAACUUACAUUGGAGUCUGAUCAGCUAUCAUCGGUUAUAUUCAAAGAAGAUACAGAAGAUUUUGCAUCUUGGUGGAAAGGCAACGUUACAGAUUUUCACACGGAAGAAGCUUUGAACUCUGACUUUCAAGCAAAACAUGAUAAAGUCAGGAACAUGCUGCUUGCAAUUUGGUGUACGGAUAAUAAGGGCCACUGUUGAUGACAUUGAGGGAAAGAAUUACAUUAUGACAACGUUAUGUUCUUUGCCGGAGGUUAAUCAGGGCAACCGUUAUAUCUGGAUAGUUCAUGACAUGGCACAGGGUAGUUGUU